AUGGCAGAACAACCGCAGCCACACUCCUGUGAAUUAAUAAUAGACGGACGAGGUAACUCACAGUCAAGAGAUUCCAGUAUUGAACUGCCGAAUCCGCAAGUGCCGAAUAAGCGACGGCGCAUAGAGCCCAUCAGCCGAGAGAAUAGUACCCUGUCAAACCAAUUACCUCCAGAUGACUUGGUCAACGCCGUCCUUGAUGCUUAUUUCUCCGUAGUACACCCCUUUGUACCCAUCCUUCACGAGAUGCUUCUUCGCGCUCGAUUGCGGGAUCCAACAGAGAAGCCGAAGCUGAUUGUCGUGAUACAUGCAAUGAUGGUAUGCGCACUGCGAUACGUGGCAAAUGAGCGACUAGCGGUUGAGCUGUUAGAGUCGUGUCCAGAUUUUUUGGAAAAAUCACGCGAAUUCGUGGUUCUGUCCGUCAUGGAUUCAUUGACAGUAGAAAAUGUCCAAGCUUUGAUAUUGCUUGCCUUUGUGCACAUUAAUGAUGGUAACUUGAGUAAGGCAUGGCCAAUGAUUGGAACAUUAACCCGGGCAGUCGUUUACCUCGGCCUCCAUGCGGAGCCGGACCAAGAGCAAGACGGUGAAUCAUUCGCAGGACCGUUAUGCUUUCUACCACCAGCUCGAGUUUGGACUGAAUUGGAGGAGCGCCGACGGGUAUUUUGGAAUGUCUUUUUAUUAGAUCGUGAAGACGUGCAGGUCCGACUCCCAAGUGACGGAUUGUACUGGGUGAAAGAGGAGCCCGUGACGACGCCAUUUUUGAACAUCUGGGAUAUAUCUAUGACCAAAAUUGGAACAUCCGUUUCCUAUUUACCCCGACACUUUUCUACCCUGGCAGAAAAAGAAAAAUAUGCCGCGGCAAGGACAGGGUCAUCUGAAAGGAUUACUCCUGUUCCCCAUGCUCCUGAAGCCCUGACAAUUGAUGGUUCAACUAUCGGGUCAUUCGCAUAUUGUGUCGAAGCGACUGAGGGACUUACUCGCGUCGUGAAAUUCUUCCUUCAGCGGCCUGUCAAUCUUCAAAUAAGGCAGGAAUUUAGUUCGUGGCUGGUGCGAUUCAAGGAACUGGACCUUCAAUUAAUUCACUGGAAGAUGUUUCUUCCUCGUCGAUGGAAGGAUUCCAAUAUAUCCAAAGAGCCAGCUUUCAUUCAUUUUGAUCCCAAUCUUACCCUUGCACAUAUCACUCAUAAUACCUCGAUGAUUCUUUUACAUCAAAGUAUCGCAUAUCCACAUGCAUCUAUUUUGGAAAAAUUGAAGCUUGCAAGUAAUGCAAGUGUGGAAACAUGCCAACUUGCAUCAUCGGAGACUGCAAAUAUUACGCAGAAAUAUCUACAGUACACACCCUUUGUCGGUUUAGUGGCUCCACAGUUCGUCUUCUGCACCUUUAUCAGUGCUCGCGCUAUGCUUGUACACGCACACUUCCAUCAUGCUGAGCUUCCAGAGGCAUACGAAAAUCUCCUAUCCUGUUUACAGCAGAUGUCCGACCGCUGGACUUCCAUGAAUCCUACUCUGAAGUUUCGCACCGAUGCGAAGGACUUUGCUAAGGGCCUUCUGUUGCAACUGCAAAGACUCCAGGAAAGUAUUGCAUCGCCAUCAUUUUCCCUAUCGGCACUUGGCUAUAUAUCGGAGGUCAAUUAUGCUCUGGGGAUUCAAGCACCUGCUCCUAGCCCCGAGAAUAGUCAGUGGCUUGAAGAACGUCGAGCCCAGCAACGCCAUAGCAUUGUACCCGUUAGUACAAGACAAUCGCACUACAUUAACUCCAAUAGAUUGAGACGCGGAACAGAUCGACAUGACUCCUCAUCUAACACACUUCAUACCCCGUCAACGGAGGCUUCACUUGUCGAUCAAGCUCAAACCGAGCGCCUUCUGCCAGCACGACGUCCAGAAGCGCAAUUGUACUUCCUCCCAACAUCGCAACCGAAUGUUGUAUCUUUUUCCGACCAUGAUAUAUCGCCGAUGGAAGAAAAUAUAGAUGAGUUUGCUCAGCUGUCGGCCAAUUUCCUACUGGAUCCGCAAUAUUGUGACAUGGAUCGUAUUAUCAGCUUCCAAGAUUCAUUCAUGCGUUGA